ACUCUGAUGUUCUUAGAAGAAGAUUGAGAAAAACUAGGAUGUUGCUGUACCCUCUCCACCUGCGUUUCCUUUCCUGGGAGCAGGUUCAGGAAGACUAUCAUUGCCAAGAUUUAUUUCUUAGCAUCAACUACCUUCCCUUCUUAAGAAAAGCUAAUCACUCCUAUCAAAAGACUGUUAACUAGCAAUUUGAGUCAAACUAGUAUAAAGUGGUAGUUGAAUAGUGGAGGAUAUAUUCGUUUUGCCCUGUGAAAAACUGAACCUGCAAGGACUUUGUUAUGUAGCUAAUCAUGUUUUUGGUCCACAACCAAAUAACUCCACUCCUUCAUGAUUAGGCCAGUUUCUUGGUAUGAUAUCAGUGCCUACAAGAAUCUAUUUGUUAGCUGAAAAAUGAUGAUGGAAUCAUGCUAUUCACUCUAAACAAGAUUUGAGAUUUGUCUAGAUUCAAGAAAAUUUGUAUCAGAAAGGUUUCCUGGUAUUGCUGUGAAGAGCUUUGUUGGCAACAAAUUGGCUAUUCUACAAUGCAAACAUCCCAGAAGAAAACAAUUUCAGAUGGGUCUCGUAGGUAUGGUGACCAACCUAUGCAAUAUCAGGAGUCCUAUUGUUGGCCGCCCAUCCAGAAUAUUGAUGCAGGAAGUCAAGGGAUGCACCUUUCACCUAUGACUUUUGAUCAAAACUGUACCCUAGAAUCAUCCUCUGAAACUAGUGCUUACCCAGUUCACAAUUCUCCAUCCACAGCUAGUUUCUCGCCAAAUGAAAGUGUGGUUUCACAGCCAAAUUCUCAGUCAUAUCCUUCAGAUCUGCAGGAUUCCUCUGAGAAUGCUUGUGGUUCACCAACAAGUGAGUCUUAUGUCACCCACAAGUUAAGAGAACUGGAAACUGCUAUGCUGGGGCCUGAUUCAGAUAAUCUUGACAUGUACAACAUGACUGCAAUGCCUGGACCCAACCAGAUUGUAUCUGAGGCAGAGAAAUGGAAGGUUUUGGUUGAGAUGAUGUCCAGAGGAGACUUGAAAGAAGCACUUUGCAGUUGUGCUCUAGCCAUUGCAAAUGGUGAUAUGUUCACGGUUGAAUGGUUAAUGUCAGAGUUACGCCAGAUGGUGUCAGUUACUGGUGAGCCUAUCCAACGUUUGGGAGCAUACAUGCUGGAAGGGCUUGUUGCAAGGUUGGCAUCAUCAGGAAGUUCUAUCUACAAUGCCCUGAGGUGUAAGGAGCCUGCUGGUGCUGAUCUCCUUUCCUACAUGCUUUUACUCUAUGAAGCCUGCCCAUACUUCAAGUUUGGGUAUAUGUCAGCAAAUGGAGCAAUUGCUGAUGCAAUGAAGGAUGAAAUUAGUGUCCAUAUAAUUGAUUUUCAAAUUGCUCAAGGCAGCCAGUGGGUCACCUUAAUCCAGGCUCUUGCAGCACGGCCUGGAGGACCCCCACGUAUUCGGAUUACAGGAAUUGAUGAUUCCACAUCAGCUUAUGCCCGGGGAGGAGGACUUGAUAUAGUGGGGAAGAGACUGUUGAAGCUUGCUGAGUCAUACAAGGUACCAUUUGAGUUCCAUACUGCUGGAGUUUCUGCUUCUGAAAUUCAAAUUGAAAAUCUUGGAAUUCAACCCGGGGAAGCUGUGGCAGUUAAUUUUGCAUUAACGCUCCACCACUUGCCAGAUGAAAGUGUGGGCACUCAAAAUCAUCGGGACAGGUUAUUGAGGCUGGUUAAAUCCUUGUCUCCCAAGGUGGUAACUCUUGUUGAACAAGAAUCUAAUACUAAUACAGUCCCUUUCUUUGCCCGAUUUGUUGAGACACUAAACUAUUAUCUAGCUAUCUUUGAAUCAAUUGAUGUUACAUUACCAAGAGAAAACAAGGAACGAAUCAAUGUUGAACAGCACUGUCUUGCUCGGGAGGUUGUUAAUAUUAUAGCAUGUGAGGGUGCUGAAAGAGUCGAACGCCAUGAACCUCUUGGCAAGUGGAGAUCUCGGUUUGAGAUGGCUGGAUUUACACCUUAUCCACUAAGCUCCUUUGUCAAUUCUACUAUCAAGAUUCUGCUGGAGAACUACUCGGAAAAGUAUACUCUUGAAGAGAGAGAUGGAGCUCUCUUUCUUGGCUGGAUGAACCGACCUUUGGUUGCCUCUUGUGCAUGGAGAUGAUACAUGGAUAUCAGAUUGACAAGUCUAUUCUUCAUAUGGCAAUUUGAGGUACAGGACCCUCUUUCAUGUUGUUGUUUGUAGUUUAAUAGCAAAGCAAUGUUGUGAUAUCACGGAUUAACCAGGAAUAAACUUGCCCUGUUACAGUCUUUCCCAGAUAUUCUGUUGCUUAGCUUUGAUCUCAUUUUUGCAUUGCAUAUUAGCUAAAGGUUGCAAUACAAGAGAGUUGAGUUUUAAUGAA